CUCCCCUACAAGUUUCGCCCCUCCUUUGUCCGUUCUCCUCCACGUAGCACCCACGUAAAUCUCCCCGCCAUGACACGCAAGAACAUUUCUUUCAUCGAUCCUACCACCAUCUCACUCCCGUCUCCUCCUUCGGAGACACCAGAGUCCUCGACCUCGGCCUUACCCUCGAUCGAUUCACCCUCCCCUUCCUCCUCAUCGUCUGCCAAGUCUCGUCCUCAUCCCACUUCAGAUGGACCCCCACGCAAACGUUCCCGCACUGAACUCACCUCGGAGGAGCGCAAGGAAGCGCGCGCACACCGUAACCGGAUAGCAGCGCAGAACAGCCGUGACCGACGCAAGGCGCAGUUCGUCGCUCUCGAAGACCGCAUCGCCGAGCUCGAGACCGAGAACCGCACGCUCCGCUCCAGCAUGGGAAUCGCUGCUCUCCGAGAGAACGAGGACCAGAAGGCCGCUGAGCGUGCCCGUGAGCGCGAGAACCAGGAACUCCGCGAGCGUAUCCGGGUGCUUGAGUCGGGGUGGGACGCCAUUGUAAAGGCCCUGCAAACGCACGGACUUCCCCCGGGCAUACCCUCGGCUGUCGGACUCCCUCAGCUCCAAACCCCAACAUCCCAUUCCAAUGAGCUUCACUCACCAUCUAUGGCCCCUUCUUCAGCAUCCUCAUCGACAUCAACAACGACCUCAUUCCCCGUUCUCAUCCCACCAUCACCCGUCUUUCCCCUGUCUCCCUCGCCUUCUCAAUCUUCCGUCACGAGCAUGUUCGAAGAUCUCGACCCCUUCGGCGAGUUGGCGGCCCCGUCGUCUCCCGUCGACGAAGCCGCGAUGGACGAUCUCUUCCGCGAGAUUCUCGCGCCUUCCCCGACGCUGUCUUCCUCAGCGCUUCCGAGUGCUGAGCUCGCAGUCGCGCCCGCGGCGGCGGUAGGUGUGCCGAUGUGGACAGGGGAGACUGUAGAGGACCGUGAACGCGAGAGGAAUGCCGAGGCGGAGGCGGAGAGGGAGAUGCAGAGGCUGCUCGAUAUGCUGCCUACCGUGAACGGUGACGGGAUGUCGAUGAACGUGGAUGGUUUGGGCAUCCCGUCGACGCUGGACUUGGAUAUCGGCGCGUGGGAUUUCGGAGUCAACGCGCCGGUGUCUGUGAGUUCACAAGUUUUCUGAAGGACACGGUAUGGUAUGGCAGGGACACUAGAGCGGUUUCGCGUUUUUUCUUUUUACUCUCACCUCAUCUAGGUCUCUCUUCUCUUGUUAUUUAUCGUCUCAUCUCCGGUCUCAGCUCAGCUCAUAUGGUUUCCCCUUCACUUAUUUUUCUUUUCUCUCUGAUAUUGGCUUGAUCCCUCUGCCUUUUGUCUGUCUCCUUUCUGUCAGAUCUAUCUUCCGUCGAUUCUUCGUACGGUACAUUCUUAGCUACGGGUCCUUUUGCCUUGGGUGGGCCUCUGCUUGCUCCCUUGCGUUGCUCAUUCGUUUCUCCUCUUCGGGGUUGACGAAAUGUGUGGGUGCGUUGGGUGAGCGCGGGGUUUGUCUGGGACAAGGAGGCCUGUGUCUUGAUGUCUUGUCGUAGAGAGAUGCGUAUGGUAGACUAGCAGUAGGCGCUGAAUAAAUGGUUAUGGGUUUGUGUCAAC